UAGAGAAUUCAUAAAAAGGAGUUCAAGAGGAAGAAGACCUUCGUCUACAGAGAUAGAGAAAAAAGUCAAUAAAGAGUUUGUUGAUUGGUUUAGAAAGCGGAUUAUGAAUCCAGAUACAAUGAAUGAAAUGUCUACUGAUCUAAAGUUUUUAGCACGAGGACCCUUGGACAAUGCAACAAGAUUUACUGCAUAUAAUAUUAAUGGGUUCAAAUUUCGAACCUUGGCUCGAGAAGAAGGAUUAAAAACACAAAACAGUGGUGUUUUCUUAACAUCUAACACAUCAUGUGUUUCAAGUAGCGUUGAUGGCAACUUAAGGCAAGCAGAUUUACCUUAUUAUGGGAAGUUGGAAGAUAUCAUUGAGAUUAACUACUAUGGUCGAUUCUCUGUUAUUCUUUUUAAAUGUAAAUGGGCUGAUACUACACGAGAUAGAGGGUAUAAAAAGGAUUGUUGGAAUUUUAAUUGUGUUAACUUUGAUAGAUUGAUUCAUAUUGGUGAUCGUGAAGAACAUGAACCAUACAUUGAAGCAUCUCAAGCACAAAUGGUGUAUUAUGUAGAUGAUGUAGUCAAUGAAGGAUGGAGUGUUGUUGUACACAUAAAGCCAAGAGAUUUAUAUGACAUGGGAGAAGAAGUAGAAGAAAAUGCAUAUGAAAAUGAGCCAUACCAAGAGCAACAACUUGAACAAUUUUCUAGGCUUGAUGAUCAAUAUGUACAAUUGGCUACAAACCAUCUAAAUGAUGAUAUAGUUGAUUGAAUUGUAACUCCUAAAAUAGUAAGAAAUUCACACUUG